AUGCAAGUGAAGCACUACAAAACGCUGCUGGCUUCUCAGCCAGGAUUUGCCCGCGUGCAGGCUAUCUGCUGGUCGCCAAAUAACAAACGCCUGGCAGUUGCCGACAACAAUCGUUUUGUAAACCUGUACGACGAGUUUGGCGAGCGGCGCGACAAGUUUCCCACGAAGGCGGCAGAUAACUCGGCUGGAAAGUCGUUUGUGAUACGCGGGAUGGUGUUUUCUCCGGACAGCAGCCGGAUUGCGGUGGCGCAGUCCGAUGGGAUGGUGGCCAUCUACCGGAUUGGACUUGAGUGGGGGGAAAAGAAGGCCAUUUGCAGCAAAUUUCCACAGAGCAAUGGGGUCACCUGCGUGUGUUGGCCGAACACGACGCAGGGAGUGGAGCUUGUUGUCUUUGGGACUUUGGAAGGGAAGGUGAAGGUUGGGAUUUUGAAAUCAAAUAAGUCGCAGUCACUCUACGCACAUGAUCACGCCGUGGUGUCCGUGGCAAAUUACGCCGAUGGGCAGAAAGUCAUCUGUGGUCACUUGGAUGGCUCUGUCUAUCAGUACACGUUUGAUUCCGAGGAGGCAAACGAGGUGGCUGGAUCAAAGAAGAUUUUUCAUCACUCUUGCGCCCCGUAUGUUUUGCUUUGGGGGGAACACAUUUGUGCAGCGGGACAAAAUGGGCAUGUCACUUUCUACGACCGCAAUGGCCAGAAGGUUCAGAACAUUGAUUACAAGGUGGAGGAAGAAGGGGAAUUCACGGUGGGGUGCUUUAAUCCCAGUGGGCAGACGAUUGCUCUUGCGUGCCGGGAGAAGUUUCGUCUUUUUGACUACAACCUGCGCUCCCGCAAAUGGGAAGAGGGAAUUGUAAUAAACCUUCCCAAUUCUUACAGCUUUUCCGCCAUGGCGUGGAAGUAUGAUGGAAGUCGCAUCGUGACAGGAACAUUGACAGGAGCGGUAGACAUGUUUGAUGCCUGCCUGAAGCGGUACCGCCUUCGUGGUGCGUUUGAGUUUACAUACGUCAGUCAUAAUCAAGUUAUUGUGAAGCGACUGGCGACAGGAACCCGUAUUGUGCUGCGCUCGAAUCUGGGCUAUGAGGUCCAACGUGUCAAUGUCUAUCAUGACCGUUACCUGGUGGCCUACACAUCCACGACUCUUCUUGUUGGUGACCUGAUCUCGUGUAAGUUGUCGGAGGUGCCAUGGCGAUUGUCAGGUCGUGAGAAGUUUGUGUUUGAAAACCCGCAGGUUUGCAUGGUAUUUGCGGCAGGGGAGCUUUGUCUGAUUGAGUAUGGCAAGAAAGAACUUCUGGGCACCUGCCGCACGGAGGAGCGCAACGCCCAUCGCAUCUCUGUCCGCGUACAUGAGCCCAACGAUAAUGGCGGAGGAGGUGAGCAACAGGCACGUAAAUUUAUCGCUUAUCUUAUUGAUCGACAAACAAUUCAAAUUGACGAUCUUGGAAGUGGGAUAACCGUCGCACGCGUUACCCACCAAUGCCGGAUUGAUUGGCUUGAACUCAAUUAUCGCGCCAACAAGUUACUCUUUCGUGACAAGCAACAUCAAUUGUUUCUAUAUGACGUAGAGGAGCAAACCCGCACCACAUUGUUGAAUUACUGUACAUAUGUGCAGUGGGUUCCUGGUAGUGAUGUGGUGGUGGCACAGAACCGCGUUGAACUUUGUGUGUGGUAUAGCAUUGAUGCCCCUGACCGUGUUGCCGUUGUGCCGAUUAAAGGUGAAGUGGAGGGUAUUGAGCGUGGCAACGGUAAGACGGAAGUCAUUGUGGACGAGGGCAUUAACACCGUUGCUUACGGUCUGGACGAAGCUCUUAUUGAGUUUGGCACAACCAUGAAGGACCAUGACUAUAACAGGGCAUGUGAUCUGCUUGAUCAGAUUGCUCUCACUCCUGAGACGGAGGCUAUGUGGGCAAAUUUGGCCACCGUGGCACUAAGGGAGAUGAAACUACAAAUAGCCCAGCGUUGCUACGCGGCCCUUGGCGACGUUGCAAAGGUGAACGCAUUGAAUCAUAUCAAUGAACUUGCGGCGGCAGCAGCAAAGGCCAGUGAUGGCCUUACAGAUGGUUACGACCACUACACCGUGCGGGCUGAACUUUUUAUGUUGAACAAGGAGUAUAAGCGGGCUGAGCAGGUAUUCCUUGAAAACGGUAAAAUUGAAGAGGUGAUGGCCAUGUGGGAGGAAAUGAAUCGCUUUGAUGAAAGCAUCAAUGUCGCUGAGGCACGUGGUUGGCCGGAGUUGGCAAAUAAGCGUGCACAAUACUACAAUUGGUUGAUGGAAACAGGCCAGUUUGAGAAGGCCGGCGAACAAAAGGAACGGGAUGGCAAAUUAAUUGAUGCCAUCAAUUUGUAUUUGCGUGGCGGCACUCCCUCACGGGCGGCAAAUGUCGUUUCGGCCAAUGAAUUGAGGCCCGAACCACAACUUCUUGAGGCCAUUGCGGCCGCACUUUUUAAGGCACAAGUGUUUGAAAAGGCUGGUGAUUUCUUUGAGAAACUCAAGAUGGAUGAUCGCGCCAUUGAGGCGUACAAAAAGGGUCAUGUGUACAGCCGUGCAGUGGAGUUUGCAAAACGGGCUCAUCCGGAUCAGGUAGCGGCGCUGGAAGAGGCAUGGGGUGACUACCUUGUUGGGCAGAAACACGUGGAUCAGGCGAUUAAUCACUACAUUGAGGCAAACAAAUACGGCAAGGCCGUGAAGGCUGCGAUUGACUCCCGUCAAUGGAGCAAGGCAGCACACAUUCUUGAGGGCCAGGCAGUGGGCGCCGAUAAUGACAAGACGGUGAAGGGCUUUUACAAAAACAUCGCUCACCAUUACGAGGAGCUACAUCAGUAUGGGGAUGCGGAGAAGUUCUACAUCAAGGCUGGUUCCGUCAAUGAGGCUGUCGAGAUGUACAGUCGAGCGGGGAUGUCCGAUCACAUGUAUCGUGUGGCGCAACGUCAUCUCUCACAACAGCAGCUUGUUGCACUGUUUGUGGAUCAGGCAAAGCAGCUGGAAACAAAGGGUGACUACGCCGGAGCAGAACGCAUUUACCUUAAAGUGAAUGAGCCGGACCAGGCAAUUGUCAUGUACAAAAAGAGUCGUGACUAUACAAAUAUGAUUCGUCUUGUUCAGGCCUAUCGCCCGGAUUAUUUGCUCAAAACACAUCUUUCCCUGGCGGCUCAGUUUGAGAAGGAGAAGAACUUUAAAAUGGCAGAGACACAUUACGUGGCUGGAAAAGACUGGGGACGGGCGGUCAAUAUGUACCGCGACCGUGAAUUGUGGGAGGAUGCCGUACGUGUUGCCAAGGUGCACGGUGGAGCGAAUGCUGCGAAGCAAGUGGUCCUUUCCAACGCCAUGGUGGUAGAAGCCGAGGACGGUGUGCGGCUACUGAUGAAGUUUUCUCUUGUGGAUGCUGGCAUUGAUGCCGCGUUGGAGGCACAGAAAUUUGAUUUGGCUUUGCAAUGGUCACAGCUUGCACAGCCCGCUAAACUCCCUUAUGUGUACCUCAAGUACGCCAUGUACUAUGAGGAUCAAGGGGACUUCCGCAUGGCAGAAGAUGCCUUUUUAAAGUCUGGUAAACCACGUGAGGCGAUUGAUAUGUAUCUGCAUCAACAAGAGUUUGAAAACGCCAUGCGUGUUGCAGAGGGAUAUGAUCAGACGGCUAUCUCUUCUAUUCUUCAGGCAAAUGGACGGGAACUCUUCCAGAAGGGCAAUCAUCGCGAAGCGGAGGCUUUGUUUCUCCGUGCUAACACCCCAGAGCCAUUGCUGAAAAUGUACAUGGAUAGCCGUCUCUACACAGAGGCUCAACGACUGGCAAAAGAACAUUGUCCUGAGAUGCUUGGCGAGAUUGCAAAGCGCAUUGCACUUCAGUCAAAUGACCCGAAAGAGGCAGGUGCAGUGUUGGAGGAACAUGGUGAGUAUCAGCUGGCCGUGGAUACAUACAUCGGCGCCACACCGGAGCGGGUGCCUAAUCCUAACGUUUUGGCCAGUCUCUGGGUGCGUGCGGUGAAGGUGGCUCAGAAGCAUGAUCGUAAUAUGCUUAAGGGAGUCCUUCGCAUUGCCACGGAGAAGUUAAAAGAUGCCAAGCGAUAUGUUGAAGCGGGUAAAUGCCUAGAGGACUGCGAAGACUACAAGGGUGCAAUCAACAUGUAUGUACAGGGCAAGAAGUUUGACCUCGCGGAAUAUCUGGCCAAGCGCAUCAGCCCUGAGUUGGAAGACUACGUGAAGCGGGCCAUUGUGCAGGACAGCAUUGAAAAUGGUGGAAUGAAAGACGCCAAGGUGGUUGAGGAAAUUGAUCCAGAGUUUGCACUCAAGGCUUACAUUGCCAACAACGACUGGGAGAAUGCCAUCCGUAUAGCGAAGCAAUUGACUCCGGAAAAAAUGAAAUACGUGGCAGGGUUGCAGAUGAAGUACCAUCUUAACAAAGAUGAACUAGCAAACGCUCUUGACGUGGUGGAGGAGUUACCACUUGAUACAGGCGACUUUCGCUUCUAUGACACAUGGUUGGAUAUGGCCGAGAAACUCGUUUCCAUGAUGCCACUGAAGGCUGAAAGCAAUUUGAAGUUAGAUGGCUUCCACAGAAGCCUUAUCAAUGUCUCAGAGAGCAUGGCCACAUCUGGACAAAAACCAGAGGAUGUCGAAAGGGCAAAUGCACUGGCACAUAUCAUUCACGCUUAUUACAUGGCCCCACGUAUGUUGGAUCUCUCUUUGGGCGAUUACGCAAUGAAGCUUCUCCUUGGCCUCCCUCGAUGGAUUCCGUAUAUCGCACCAGAAAAGGCUUUUUUUGAUGCCGGCAUGGCUGCAAAGAAUGCUGGAUCAGAUGCCAUUGCGUUUCUUUACCUAAACCACUUUCUUGACAUCACGGAGAAGAUAGCGGAGGGUGCCACCGACAGCUCGAGCAUCGAUGACAGCAAAUUUGACUGCACAGACUUCCCCAAGAAAUACUUACUGCCGAAAUCGUCGAGUGUGGAUGUGGCGGCAGAGGAGGAAGUCAACAAGUGGGUGUUGACCAUUUCCAUUGAGAGUAGUUUUGACCCGCACUUGCCAACAACAAUGGACCCACAAAAUCAUGUGGAGAUGUUUGAGGGUGCACUGCGGUCUCCUGCGGGAGAAAAAUUUCCUGAGUGUGCUGUGACUGGCUACCCAAUUAUUGGCGGGGGGCUGACACGAUGUCGUAACUGCCAGCGACCAGCAAACCCGGAGGAUUGGAAUCGCUACGUUGUUUUAGGCAAACAGUGCCCAUGGUGCGGCGUGGCGGAUUCACCAAACUUUUCGAUGUAG